AUUCAUAUGAUAUUUAGAUGUGUGUUAAGUAAAGUAUAUAGUAAUAUAUGCCUCGUUAUAGCGUUGAGGAAUGAUCGCACUUAUUGGUCAUUGUUUCUCGGGGAAAUGAUAUUGAGACGGUAUUUCCGCCUUUGUCAAUCUUUUAGCCUGGCCAUAUUGUUUACAUUUUGAUUGUCAGACGAACAUGUUUGUAAUGUUUGGACAACAUACUAGUCUUUAAUAACAUGUGUAUGAUUUAUUUUAGUUGGACUAGAUGGGCGCCCAUUACUGUGCCAUUUGUCGGCAAACAACAUUUAACGGGAAAAAACACAUCUUCGGGAAAAAUCAUCAAAGCAGACUAAGACUUGUUCUGAUGAAAUUUAUAGAAAAGGUGAAAGAAGUCCGUCGAACACUCAAAAAACCCGAAGUGGAAAAAUGUGAUAGCACUGGGCAGAAGAAAACCUUCUGGUGUUACUGCUGUGGGCUGGAAGUGGAGCGAGAUGUUACUGAUGGUAACAUGACUGUGUUACAUGGGGGCUUGUUGGAGCACAUGGCAACACGAGAACACAAGAAGAACACUCACAAGUUCUGGUGGGAAAACAAGGCUGAUCCCAAGCUGAGAGACAAAGUCAUCAUCACACAAGAGGAGACUGAAAAGUUCAAAGCUGAGGUGGCCAAUGUUUUGGAAACAUAUGUGGAGAAGGAGGAUGAGUACAUUAAACAGCAAGCAGAGUCCAUCCGGGCCCAGGAGAGACAGCGACAAGAACUCCUCGAGUCUCUUUUAGAGCGCGAUGCAGAGUCGGAGUCGUCCAAUGGACCCAGUGGAACAGAAACAUCAACAAAGGCUAGCGUCAGCUCUCAAGGGACGUCAUGGGGUACCAACCAGCAGGCAGGAAGCAGCCGCUUUGACUCCAUGGUUGAUGCGCCCCAACAAGGCCUGACUUUUAUCGGUCAUCAGGAUUCAUCAAACAGUGGCAAUGUGCACACAGGUGCUUUGCCUCCUUGGCUCCGAGACGAUCCUCAGGAGGGUGGUUCUAAAAAGGCAGCACCUUCUGAGAUCGGACCGUCAGUCCAGGAGUUCCUCAGACAGAAGGAGCAAGAGAAGCUUAAGAAGCUCCCCCCUAACCGAGUGGGGGCCAACUUUGACCACAGCUCCCACACCGACGCUAACUGGCUGCCGUCUUUUGGUCGCGUAUGGAACAGUGGCAGACGUUGGCAGUCCAGGCACCAGUUCAGGCAGGAGGAAGGACAGAAAAACAGCGCGAAGAGGAAGAGAAAGCCUGGCGCAGAAGGAGCUAAGAAAGCGAGGAUGACAGAUGACUAAUGUCUGCUCUUUGAGAGGAGCUUCAGGUUUGCCAUUGGACAACUUCACCACACUGCUUACAUUAUGAUUUGUAGCUUAUCUACACACAACCACCAAUUUUUGCGGUUUCAAAAGCUAUUUGCUGUAAUAUAUUUGCUAACAUUUUAGUUGCUUCAGGAUGCUUACCAAUAUGUUCAGACAGAAUAAACUGGUAUAGUUUUUCCUUCACUCAAAGUACAAUUGUAGUGACUGACUGUCAUAUUUACAUCGCUGGCACAGGUGUUGUGUACCAGAAAAUGUGCUGAGGUUCAAACAAAACUAACAAGUAACAAGACCAAUUCUUUAAUGAUGUAAAUGUAAAUAGAUUGUACAGUAGUAAAGGAUGCUUAUUUUUAACCACAUUUUCCAUUUAAUUCCAAUAUCAAUGUUAGCUUGGAAAAAAUGCGUGCAAAAGACAUAUUACUUCCAAUAAAUAAAAAUACCAUUUACCAAAAAAAAAUGUUGACACCUUUCAUUCGUUUGUAUUUAAAAUUUCAGGCAUGUGAUUUUUCCGUCUAUAUUUAUCUCUGUAAAAAAUAUAUUUUCCGUUUUUGUUUGUUUUUUCCGACCUACAAUGUGUGUUAAAAUCUUGAUCCGUCUCUUUGCCAUACCUGCCAACAACUACGGUUCUCCCGUAAUGAGUAUGGUUUUUGAUAAUCCGGGGGUAAAAACUACGGUUUUCCAUUAAAAAAUGAUGAGGAGAAAAUAAUUGAUUCCAUUUUGGAACAAGGCUGUAACAUACUUACAUUUUUCAUACUGUCAUUAUGGGGUAUUGUGUGUAGAAUUUUGAGGACGAAAUAACUGAUUCUAUUUUGGAACAAGGCUGUAACAUACCUACAUUUUUCACACUGUCAUUAUGGGGUAUUGUGUGUAGAAUUUUGAGGACAAAAUAACUGAUUCCAUUUUGGAACAAGGCUGUAACAUACCUACAUUUUUCACACUGUCAUUAUGGGGUAAUGUGUGUAGAAUUUUGAGGAUGAAAUAACUGAUUCCAUUUUGGAACAAGGCUGUAACAUACCUACAUUUUUCACACUGUUAUUAUGCGAUAUUGUGUGUAGAAUUUUGAGGAGAAAAUAACUGAUUCCAUUUUGGUACAAAGCUGUAACAUACCUACAUUUUUCACACUGUUAUUAUGCGGUAUUGUGUGUGGAAUUUUGAGGAGAAAAUAACUGAUUCCAUUUUGGAACAAGGCUGUAACAUACUUAAGUUUUUCACACUGUCAUUAUGGGGUAUUGUGUGUAGAAUUUUGAGGACAAAAUGACUGAUUCCAUUUUGGAACAAGGAUGUAACAUACCUACUAUAUUUUUCACACUGUCAUUAUGGGUUAUUGUGUGUAGAAUAUCGAGGAGAAAAUAACUGAUUCCAUUUUAAUACAAGGCUGUAACAUACUGUA